AUGGGAAUGGCCCACACGGGACACUGGAUCAUCGGCCUACAGAUAUUGACAAGUCCACAAGGAAAGGGACAGAAUGCUCGAACUGCCGGAGAAGGAAGAAAAGGUGAUGACGAGACACGGGCCGAUAACGUGCUCGAACGACCCAUCCAGGCCGUCAGAGCUCCCGACUCAGGACCUCCGGCCCUAGCUUCCACCCCGUCCUCCGGCGGGCAAUUCUUGAUUUCAGAGGAUGUCGAACGCACCCGGAUGAUCGCGGAGUUACCUUACAACCACCUAAAUACUGGGUUACAGCGCGACCGUGACCGGUGUAGCCACGCUCUGGCGUUCUAUAACAGUAGUCGUGGAAUUCCCAGUACAACCCGAACCCAACGGCUCUUGGCGACGGUGUUCGAUCCUAGUCAUCACCUGUCUCACAUGUCGACCCAGGUGAAAGGCUCGCUCGGCCCCAGGGCGACGAUUGAAGUGCCCUUUAAAUGCACGUACGGCUAUAAUAUCCACAUCUCCAACGACGUGUUGAUCGGUGAGAACUACAACAUCGACGACGCCGCCCGGGUCGACAUUGGCUCGCGCACGCGCAUCGGCGCCGACGUGACCAUGUUCACCUCGGACUUCCAUCUCGACGUCGACGGCAGGGAUGGUGAUCCACGGUGGAUUGCCAGCAAGAUUCUCAUCGGGUCUAACGUGACCAUCGGGCGCGGAGCCGUGAUCUGUCCGGGGGUCGAGCUCCAGCGAGGUUGUGUCGUUCCGGCAUUCACCACGAUACACGGAGCUCAUUUGGGCUUCACGGCCAAUCAAGGCGUCCGGCCUCCAGGACUCGGGUCUCACUAG